UAAACACUCUAAAAUAUCUACAAUGAGCACGAAUAAAAUAUUUAUUUCAAAAGAAGCACAAGAGGAAUUGGGCUUGAAGAACAACUUCAUUACUGAAACCAAGAAGGAAAAGGUUGAUCCUGAGACUAAAAAGCAGAACAAAAUUGAUGCAAAGGAGAGAAAGAAACAAAAGAAGAGACUUCAGAAACUAAGAGAGAAAAAGGCGAAAGAAAAGAAAUUGAGUGAAAUUUUAUCAACUCUUGAGAAAAAUGCUGUUAAGAAUGAAGAAGUCCUUGACCUCAUGACUUCUGCCAGUACGAUGAAGAAGGACCAGAAGAAAUAUCAGCUCGUUAAGCAUAAGCUUAAUCUUCCUGACACUCCUGAAGAGGUAAAGAUGAAAGAGAAAGAGAAGUUAAGAGUAAAGAAAAGACAGGAAAAGAUAAAGGAGGAUGAAGAAGCCUCAAGAGUUAGGCUGUUAUCCCAGAGUGAUGAUGACGAUGCAAUUCCAGUCAUGAAGGUCGAAAAGCAGGAUCUACUUCCAACUGAUGUUGUUGAGGAAAAGCCUGAACCAAAGCCAAUGGUUAUCGAUCAUCUUAAGGAGCUCAAUAAGCUCCUUGCAGAACUUGAUUCUGAUGAUGAAGAGAGUUUAGCAGAUAAGAAUGCCAAUAAAAACCUGAUGAAGGUCAAUCUCUUAGAUGAAAAGCCAGAUAUAAUUCCUAUUCAGAGGACAGAAGAAAUGGAUGAAAUGAGGAAAGAACUUCCUGUUUUUAUGCAUGAAAGAGAAGUCCUUGAAAGUGUGGAGAACAACCUUGUUACUAUUGUUUGUGGAGAGACAGGAAGUGGAAAAUCCACCCAAAUCCCUCAAUUCCUGUAUGAAUAUGGAUACACUGCUACUAGUAGGAAAGGAAUGAUUGGGAUCACCCAGCCAAGAAGGGUUGCAGCCACUUCUCUGAGUCAAAGAAUUGCAGAUGAGCUCAAUGUAAAACACGGAGAUAAAGUUGGAUACCAAAUUAGGUAUGAUAAGAAGAAUAUCAGCCAGAACACAGUAAUUAAGCUGAUGACUGAUGGUAUUCUCCUGAAAGAGAUUGAACUUGAUUUUCUACUCGAGAAGUAUUCAGUUGUAAUCAUCGAUGAGGCUCAUGAGAGAAGUAUCAACACUGAUAUUUUAAUCUCCUUACUUUCUCGGAUUGUUCGGCUCAGGCUAAAGAAGGUCAUUAAGGAAAGGAAGAAAUUUCCAUGUGCUGAAGAGUACCAUCACUUCCCACUAAGAGUUGUGAUCAUGAGUGCUACAUUAAGAGUUGAUGACUUUAUUAAGAACAAACGACUUUUCCCAAGUUUGGUUCCGAGAAUGAUAAAAGUAGAUUCUAGGCAAUACCCUGUUGAGAUUCAUUUUAAUAAAGUAACGAGAGAGGAUUAUGAGGAAGAAACAUUUAAGAAAGUUUGCAAAAUUCAUAAAAAUUUACCAAAAGGAGGUAUCUUGGUAUUUUUGACUGGAAGAAAAGAGAUUCAAUAUAUGGUUGAAAGACUAAAGGCUGAAUUUAAGAAGAAAACUUCUACUAAGAAAUCAGAGAAAUCAGUGGAGGAAAACAAAAAUCAAGAGCAAAAGGUUGAGGAAGCUGACGAGGAUAUGGAUGAUGAUAUUAUGCCAGUCCAAGUACUUCCUUUAUACUCUAUGCUAUCUCCUAAUGAACAACUAAGAGUGUUCCAACCUCCUAAAGAAGGUCAUAGAUUUAUUGUAGUAUCUACAAAUAUUGCUGAAACUUCAGUCACAAUUCCAAACAUUAGGUAUGUGGUCGACUGCGGAAGAGAGAAACAAAAAGUUUAUGAUCCCCAACUUAGGCUAUCAAAGUUUUUAAUAUCCUGGACUUCUCAAGCUUCAGCAAACCAGAGGGCAGGUAGAGCAGGAAGAACAGGUCCAGGUCAUUGUUAUAGACUUUAUUCCUCAGCAGUAUAUAAUAAAAUGGAGAAAUUUGCAGUUCCAGAGAUUUUGAGAACUCCAAUCGACCAGACUAUUCUGCAGCUUAAGGCUUUAGGUAUUUAUGAUCUUUGCAAAUUCCCAUUUGUAUCUUCUCCAAACCUAGCUCAAGUAAAGUCGACUCUUAGAGAACUCUGUGUAUUGAAUGCUCUUGAGCUCAAGGACAAAUCUAAAGACAUUGAGGAUGAAUUCAAGCAAGAUCUAAUUAAAGACCAACACGAGAAAUUGAUAAAUGAUGACGGAAAAAUACUUUCUAUGAGUUUCAAUAGAGACAAAACAAGAAUCACCGACCUUGGUUUGCUACUUUCGACCAUCCCAUUGGCUCCUAAAUUCGCUAAAAUGCUAGUGUUUGGAAGGAAAGCAAAGAUUUUAGAAUUAGCUAUUAUAACAGUGGCCUCUCUCACAGUUCAGGAGAUCUUCAGAGCUCCUAAUAUUAAGCUAGACUUCUCAGAUGAUGAUGUCUCCGAUGAUAUGGAAGAGAUUUCUGAUGAUCCUGACCUCGUCACUCAAAUUGAUAUUGAGAGAAGGGAAAAUAAGCUAUUACAAAAGAAGCAGAAAUUGCUUGACAAACGUAAGCUAGUGAGGAAGGAAAUGCUUACCCAGAAAUUCAAGAUCAAAGAGAAAUGGUUCAGUGAGAGAGGAGAUCUCCACACCAACGUCCUCGCUGUCGGAGUUUUCCUCCAAUACUUCGGUAAAAUCAGAGAUCAGUUGAAACAGGGAAAAAUUACAAAGAAGGAAAUGGGAGCUGAAAUGUUCAAAUUUGCUAAAUCUUUGUACCUUAACAAAAAGAGUGUUGACGAGAUUAUUAACUUAUCCCAACAACUACAAAAGAUCAUGAAUGAUCUUAACCCAGAUUUGAAGGUUGAUGUUUUCUCCUUGAAGCCACCAAGCGGGAAGCAGCAAACUUUGUUACAGCAGUUGAUUUUAGUAGGAUUUCCUGAAAAUAUUGCUAAGAAGAAGGAAGUCUUCAAUAGUAAUGGAGUCGACAUUAAUCUAACCAGGAAAAAGCCUGUGUAUGAAUGCUUAUUCUCUGGCCAAGAAGUGUAUCUCAAUAAUGAAUCUAAUCUGGAUAACCCAAAGUUCAUCUGCUAUAAGGAAAUCCAGCAAGUGAAUGUAAGGAAGAAGCAUGAAGAUGAUGAAGAAACAACCAAAAAUUAUAUCAGAGGAUGUACAAGAAUAGACACUCCUCACUGGAUCUUCAACUUGUGAGGGCAAAGUUUGAUUAACAGUUGAGACUACCUCAAAAGAGUCCAGCCCAUCUACCAGAAAGCACAGAGCGGUGAAAAGGUGAAUUACAAGGAACUGAAGAAGAUCAAGUUGUAGUAAUAAGAGUUUGGAUAAAUUUCUACA